AUGACCGAGUGGGUUUUUUUUUCGAAAUUUUUGGAAAAAAAUUAAAAUAUUACUGUAAUUUAUAGCGCUGAAAAACAGAAAGAACUCGAGAAACAUUUGAAAGUUACGACAAAUCGAGAAUCUUAUGAAGAAUACUGUCCGGAAUGUAAGGUGAGUUGAGUUUGAGCGUCUAUGAAUGAAUUAGGUCAGAAUCUUGAUCUCAUUUUGAAUCGGGACAGGUCCCAUCAAUAUUCUGGGUACAUAGAUCAUUUCAGAAGAGGAUUUGUUUCAGAUUUUUCUAGAAAAAAAUAUCCUGCUUUGAAAUUAAUCUGGUCUAAUUGAAAUGAUUUAUUUUCAGAAAAAGUGUCAAACAUGGGUUCAAUAUCAAUUAGGAAAUUGUGCGAUCACAAUUCUAAUUCUAAGUCUCGUUUUUUGGUUUCCAAUUUUUUGUUUUUGUUGCUGCUCGAAAAUCAAAGAUGUUGCUCAUUAUUGUCCGAAUUGUCGAACAUUUUUGACUAUCAAACCCGGAAGCUUAUUUUAA